AUGAAAAGAAGAGAGCGUAGUUGGAUGUAUGAUAGACUCGACGGGCGCAAUCUUAAGCCCGACUUUCUCAAGGGGGUUGGAGAGUUCAUUCAGUUUUGCAAAGAGCAUCCAACAUGCAAUGAUGGUGACAAAAUAAGAUGCCCAUGCCCCUCGUGUGAUAACAGGCGUUUUCAUGAUACCGAAACAGUUAGAGUACAUUUGUACAAGAAGGGGUUUGUUCGUAAUUACUAUCAAUGGAUAUGUCAAGGGGAAAGCUUAGUAGAGUCCUCGCGUGUUCAGCCAAAUCAAUAUCGGGAUAUGGUUAUUGAUGCUCUUGGAAAUAAUCAAGAGCAUUUGGUGAAUGAAGAGGGUAAUUCAGUUGAAGAAGAACCAAAUGAUGAAGCUAAGAAGUUUAUAGACCUUCUAAAGGCAGCUGGAGAUCCAUUAUAUGAAGGGAGCAAAUUCUCUGUGUUGGAGAUGGCAUCAAGAAUUGCAAGUUUGAAAUGUGAAUUCAACUUACAACACAGGUGUGUGGAUGGGUUUGCAUCUUUGAUGAAUGAUGCGAUUCCAAAUAACAACCAAAUGGGUAGAACUUUCAAUAGCACAAAGAAGGUUCUUGAGGGCUUGGAACUUCCUCAUGAGAGGAUCCACACAUGCCCUAAAGGUUGUUUGCUCUUCUGGAAAGGCGAUGCACAGUUAGAUAAAUGUAGAGUAUGCGGAAGUGAUCGGUAUAAGAAGACUGCAAAGGGUAAGCUUAUUCCAGCAAAAGUUCUAAUCUAUUUCCCAAUCACACCGAGGUUGCAAAGGUUGUAUGCUACCAAGAACAUUUCGGAGGAUAUGACUUGGCAUGCCAAGAAUCCCCGAGUUCAAAACACCUUCGCACAUCCUAGUGAUAGUCAAGCGUGGAAGCACUUGGAUACAACCUUUCCUAAUUUCGCAUCAGAGCCACGAAAUGUCAGGCUUGGUUUGUGCACGGAUGGAUUUGCCCCCCAUGGUAAAUUUGGAUCCCAAUAUUCAUGUUGGCCAGUUAUUCUUACACCAUACAACUUGCCUCCAUCGAUGUGUAUGAAAAGACCAUUCAUGUUCCUUUCUUUGCUCGUUCCCGGUCCUAAAAAUCCUAAAGGAAACUUGGAUGUGUACAUGCAACCACUCAUUGAAGAGUUGAAACAGUUAUGGGAGGUUGGGGCUAUGACUUAUGACAUCUCAAGCAAGCAGAAUUUCAACCUCCGCGCAGCCCUUUUGUGGACUAUUAGUGAUUUUCCUGCAUAUGGAAUGCUAUCUGGAUGGUCCACGGCCGGAAAGAAGGCUUGCCCUUAUUGUAUGGAUAAAAGCAAGGCAUUUUGGCUUGAACAUGGAGGUAAAGUUUCAUGGUUUGAUUGCCAUCGACAAUUCCUUCCACAUGAUCACCCUUUUCGAAAGAAUAAAACAGCUUUAUGCAAAAACAAAGUUGAAAAUGGCAUGGGUCCGCAUAUAAUGUGUGGAGAAGAAUUGUGGCAAUGUGUGAAGGACUUGCCUAAAGCAACUGAUGGUCCUGAAGCUCUUAAGAAGUUGAAGAGUGCCAAAAUGGGUUGGUUCAAACAAAGUAUUCUAUGGGAACUCCCAUAUUGA